CUUUUUCUUCAAACUUGUGCUGCCUGUGCCUCCAAACUUCGAACUCGGACCGAGUCUCUCUUCGUCUCACAAUAAAUCGUUUCUCGGAGAUUCGAUUGAGCUCUACACAGAACCAUGGACAUACUGAGACAGGAAAUCGAGAAACGGAGAAAGCUUCUCGAGGAAACUGAACUAGUGGGUCCAAAGAAGAAGUUCUUUAAGCGGAGCGAGUUGAUCCAAAAACAGAGAGAUGAGUACACGUCGGAGUUGAGAGAAAAACCCUCCGAAGAGGAGGCGGCCGAGAAAGAUCAGAAUGAACCGAAAGCGUCCUCCUCCAAAACUGCCGGAGGCGACGAGCAAGUCCUCGCGAGGAAAGAAGUCAUGAAGCGCUUGAGAGACCGCAACCAGCCUAUUCUUCUGUUCGGCGAAAGCGAAAUCGAGGCAUUCCGGAGACUCAGGAAACUCGAAGUCCAGGAGCCGGAGUUGGAAAGAGGUUUCAGGAACGACUUCCAAGAAGCAAUGGAAAAAGUGGACCAAGUUUACUUGCAAGAACUACUGCGAGACGGGGACCAGAAGGAUUCGAAAAGUCGUCACGAUGUGGCGAUAAAGGACGAGGGCAUGACGCACGAAGAAAUGUUGCAAAUCGGAUCGAGACUCGGCCAACCUUCGAAUAAAAGCAAUGAUUGCUCCGACAUUCUGAAAGUUUUGAAGUACAUCCAAUACCUCUGGGGUGAUCAACUGAAUCAGAGGCCGUUGGAAGAGAAAGCAUCAAUGAAAGGUCGACUGGUAUCAGCCACCUACUCUCAAACCGACUCCUACCUCCGGCCUCUGUUCAAGUUACUAGCGAAAAACAGCUGCCCGGAAGAUAUUCUGGAGCAUCUGAUAAUAAUCGUUGUUCAUCUCACCGAAAGAAACUACGUCGCGGCAAGCGACGCCUACCUGCAAAUGGCAAUCGGGAAUGCGCCUUGGCCGAUCGGAGUGACCAUGGUCGGUAUUCACGCUCGAACCGGUCGCGAGAAGAUUUUCGCCCAGAACAUUGCCCACGUUUUGAACGAUGAAACUCAGCGAAAGUACAUCCAGGCGCUGAAAAGAUUGAUGACGCAGUGCCAAAAGCUGUUCCCAACCGAUCCCAGCAGAUGUGUAGAGUACAAUGCAUAGAUUCAAGCAUGCUGUAAA